AAAAGGAAAACAAAAAAAAAAAGUCUCAUCUCAACAACCAAACUGAGAGCAUCGUUCUCGCGAGGAAACAAGAAAAGUUCGGUGGAUCGGGAUCUCGGCCAUGGCGAUUAGGGUUUCUUCUUCUUCUUCUUCUUUAUCAUGUCCAUGUCUCCUUCUCCUCUUCUUCGUCUUGUGUGCAGUGUUUCUGGUUGGGGUUUCGGCUGAUGAUGUCUCCCCUGACGAAGAUAUUGAUCCCAAAUCGCCGGCUUGUAACAACAAAUUUCAGCUGGUGAAGAUAAAGACCUGGGUGAAUGGCACUGAAAGGGCAAGCAUAGUUGGAUUGAGUGCCAGAUUUGGUGCCACAUUGCCUGCUGAUGCAUCUGAAGCUUUAAACUUACCUGCUGUUCUGACAAACCCAUUCAACUGCUGUACCAAUUUAUCUUCAAAGCUCUACAAUUCUAUAGCACUGGCCAAGCGUGGAGAUUGCACCUUCACUGCAAAGGCGAAAAUUGCCCAAGCAGAAGGUGCAGCAGGUUUAUUAGUGAUCAAUGAUAAUGAAGAGCUUUACAAGAUGGUAUGCACUGAAAAUGAUACCUCCCUUGACAUUUCAAUUCCUAUUGUCAUGAUACCAAGGUCAGCAGGGGAAAGUAUUAAGGCUUCCAUGGCCAGUGGAGGAAGAGUGGAAGUUUUACUUUAUUCUCCAAAACGACCUGCAUUAGACUUUUCUGCCAUCUUUAUAUGGUUGAUGGCUGUUGGAACCAUUGUCUGCGCUUCACUUUGGCCAGAGUUCAUUGCUUGUGAGCAGGUAGAUGAGCGCUAUAACCAAUUGACACCAAAGGAUCAACCUAAUGCUGGAAUGAACAGAGAAGAUAUUCAGAAUGAAAUCCUGGAGAUCAAUGCUAAGGGAGCUAUUAUUUUUGUGAUAAUGGCAUCGGCUUUUUUGAUGCUUUUGUACUUUUUUAUGUCCUCAUGGUUUGUUUGGCUCCUGAUCGUGUUGUUCUGCAUCGGUGGUACUGAGGGAAUGCAUGUUUGCUUGGUAACAAUCAUGUCAAGAAUUUGCAAAGAUUGCGGGAGGAAGACUGUAUCUCUUCCAAUUAUGGGAGAGGUUUCGAUCAUAUCGCUUGUGGUAUUGAUAUUUUGUGCAGCCUUUGCCAUUUUUUGGGCAGCAAAUCAGCAUGCUUCAUAUUCAUGGAUUGGUCAAGAUAUUCUUGGCAUCUGCUUAAUGAUAACUGUAUUACAAAUGGCUCGUUUGCCAAACAUCAAGGUGGCAUCAGCUCUUCUUAGCUGUGCGUUUGUAUAUGACAUAUUUUGGGUGUUCAUUUCCCCCUUGAUUUUCCAUGAAAGCGUUAUGAUUGCAGUUGCUCGUGGAGACAAUAGUGGCGGAGAAGCUAUUCCAAUGCUUCUGCGAAUUCCUCGUUUUUUUGAUCCUUGGGGUGGCUAUGAUAUGAUUGGCUUUGGGGACAUUCUUUUCCCAGGCUUGCUUGUGGCAUUCAGUUUUAGAUAUGAUAGAUCAAACAAGAAGAGCAUUUGGAAUGGUUAUUUCCUUUGGCUGACAAUUGGUUAUGCAUUUGGUCUUUUCCUGACAUAUCUUGCUCUUUAUUUGAUGAAUGGACAUGGUCAACCUGCCCUGCUAUACCUUGUGCCAUGCACCUUAGGGCUUAUUAUCUUAUUGGGUUAUUUUAGAGGAGAACUUAAAGACCUUUGGAAUUAUGGGAGAAAGCGACCCCUUUCUAGCCAGACCGAAGAAGCUUGAUCUCUGUCUCAUGAAAGUUUAACGGUUUUCUGAUUUCUAAAUUUUCAUGGUAUUGACUGAACAGCCAUAUCCACCACAACUCAUGCUUGGUAUAAUUUAUCAGUUUGCAACGAAAAAUGAUGUUGGAGACUGUUGAAGCUCUUGAAAAGUGAGUGGUUCAAGAAUUCAUCUGUUGACAUGUAUAGUAUCAUAAAUUCCGACAUGGCAUUAGCCUUUGCGGCUUUUGGCUUUUACAAGGUUUCUUUAUUCUGUAUGACCUGGUUAUACAGUGAUAGAAUACUGGUUUCAUUCUUGCAAAUGUUGUAGUACUUGCUGUAAUUUCUUAUUUCAUUCUUGCAAAUGUUGUAGUACUUGCUGUAAUUUCUUAACCUAUAUAUACAUUCAUAUGAUUUCCUACAUGAUUAAUUAAUUAA